UCGGGCUCUGUCCUGUUCCCACGGGCAAGGAGGAGCAGGCUGUGCAGGCUGUGCCAUGCCCCCCAGCUGCCUCCCCCUCCUGGGAACCGAAGCAGCAAAAUGUCCCCCAGAUUCGUCAGCGUCCUGUGUGUUGGAUUUUCUCUGGGGCAGAGGACCUGGGCCCAAGUGGGACACUACAGAGAGCUGAACAUUCUCAGUGGACUCUCGGUAGUCUUCAUCACCAUUGGCAUUCUCCUCUUUUUGCUUAUCUGUCACUGGUGUUCCACCAAAAAUCGAAGACUCUUGGCUUUUUCACCAACAAAUGCUGCCACCAUAGGUAAAGACCCCAAGGAAGACCAAAAAAUGGAUGGCAAUGACCCUGCAGCAGAAGGGCCCCCUGAGGUGAUCUAUGCCCAGUUGAACCACUGGGCCCUCACACAGAGAGGACUCACACCCACUUUCCAGGGUCCCCAGGAUUCCUCAGACGAGCCCAGUAUCUACAUAGAGCUUCCCACACACCAAGUCCUCGCUGAUGUCAGACCUGUUCCCAAGGCCCUGAGCACAGACAGCGACCAAGGAGGGACCUGGAUUCAUCCCUAGGAGGUGUUCUUUCACGACCCUCUUCCUCUGCUCAAACAUAGUCCGACAUCUUGAAGAUGCAACCUGGAGACUCGUAUCAUCUUUAAAAUCCAAGAAAACUUUAGUAAGCACCCAGAUUUUCUAAGACUCGAUUAUGACUUUCCAGACAUUUCCGGAGAUUUUACUACACUCAUCCAAGCAUUCUAAGAAUGUAACCAAAAUUAUCACACUUCAUUCUGAAGUUCUACUGAAGUGAUUCCAGAAGCUUAAUAUAUUUACCUUGGUGAUUUAUGCCUAAAAUUAUUCAAUAAAAUUUUUUGGAGUGAAAGUAUGUUCCCCAUAUCUCUGCUAUCCUAUAUGCUCAAAAGUAGCCAUAUGUGACUAUUGAAACUUAAAUUGAUUAAAAUUAAAUUAAAUUUGUAAAACUCAGCCAUUUUCACUAGCCAUAUUUUGAGUGCUCAAUAACCAAAUGUUAUUGUCUGCCAUAAUGGACAGCACAAAAUAUAGAAUAUUUCCAUUAUUGCAAAAGGUUCUAUAGGGUAAACUAGUUUAUUUUGAUUAUAUAAACUUAAAGACAUGUAGUCCAUAUCUCAUUGAGUUCAGUCCAAUGGGGCAUACCCACAAUGAAUGAUAAUGCAUAAUACCUAUGUACAAGAGGGUAAAAUCUAAUGGAAUGUGGAUAAAAUGUAGAAUCCCUUCCUGGAAAGCCUUAUCAUAUUUACUCUUCAUUGAAAUUUAUAUCAGAGGGAUAUAUUUCUAUGCAACACAGAUUCUGAGAAUGCCAUGCUUUAAGGGGCCCAUAAAAAAGAUAAUUGAUACAGAGAUUGUAAUGUAUUCACAAUAUGGACUGCUACUCAGUGAUUAAAAGAAGCAGUACAGAUACUUGAAAACAUGAAUGACUUUUAGAAAGUAUACUAAGUGAAGGAAAUUUUACACAGGAGAUAUAGUACAUUACUUCAAUUAGAUAAAUUAGGAAAAAGGCAUAACUAACCUAUGAUGAAUAAUAUCAGGACUGUUUGCCUUGGGGUGGGGUUGGAACUGUGAUUGUUUGG